UUCUCGUCUCCUCGUCCCUUCUUUCAUCCCAUGCGCACGCCUCCCCCUUCCUCCUCGCUCUCGGCCACCCCAAAUCCCAGACCUCCAUGCACGAGCGGGCGGCCGUGGUAUGAUGGAAGCCACGAGCCCACGACAGAGGAGGGAGAAGCAGGCCAGAUCGUGUUCAACAAGCUCAGGGAGAGAUCCGACCAGUUCACGGCGAGGGGACUGGUGAGGUCCGAGGAGAGCAAGCAGAAGAUCGGGGGAGACGACGAAGUCUACGUCGCCGACGUCAGGGAGGCGGAGCACCUCGCACUGGCCGUCCAGGGCGCCGACGCGCUCGCCAUCCUCACCAGCGCCUCCCCCAAGAUGAAGCCAGGGUUCGACCCCACCAAGGGCGGCCGGCCCGAGUUCUACUACGAGGACGAAGCCUACCCUGAGCAGGUGGAUUGGAUUGGGCAGAAGAAUCAGAUUGAUGCUGCCAAAGCAGCCGGUGUGAAGCACAUAGUGCUGGUGGGAUCUAUGGGGGAACAAAUCCCAACAUAUACUGGAGAGGCAUCUCAAUGGGUUCCCCGAGGUGAGCACGAUGCCGAGGAGAGAUGGCUUCGAGGACGGCGUCCAAGGACAUCAUCUGCUCCGCCGCCAUGUUCAGCGAGUUUGGUGGCGGCGACGGCCGGUCUAGAAGCUCCUUAAACCAUGCUGCCCGCCGUGAGGGGAGACACCAUCACCGGCGCCCCCGAGAAGCUCGUCCAUGGGCCAUGGCCAUGGGUAGGGCGUCUUGGAGCGGUUCUAAAUCUUGUUUCGUUUGGGGCCGGGUUUCAAUCAAUGGAUUCUUCUAGUGUUUAUUUUCAUUAUCUGAACGUACGCCGGGAGCAAAUGGACGCAUGCGAGCGCUGUGCCCGUGGGUAUGUGUGAAUCUUCAUCAUGUUGUUGCCAUCCAUGUCCAAGUCAUGCUUUUGCGGUGAAUCCUGGGUUCAGUAUGUGUCAUGGAUUUCCUUAGUAGAUGCCAAUGAAUGUAUAUGCUGAUAAAAACGGGGAAGAACUCAUUUAAAUUAGGAACGCUACAAGACCUCUCGGCGUUUGUUGAUGAUUCAUUACAUUAUGCAUACUUGUCAGCAUAUAAAAUUGUGUAUUACCUGCAUCCAUUCUUGUUUUCUUCUUUAUCCCCGAUCUGAAUUUUGUAUCUAAACAUGAGAUAUGUGGAGGGCUCUAAUAGUAUGAAAAGUUGCACGAGCAAUUGCUAUUAUAGGCCACCCAAUUCCAAAUGCAAAUGAUUCCCACUUGAUUCAGAUUAUUUUACCACAAAAGCAACUUGGCCGCAAGUCAGACAUUUGAGGACUCACUUUUUCUCUCAAAUAAUUAUUGCUGGAUAAAUUUCUAAAUUCAGUAACCAUUGCUUUAUUGUGACAAACAUGCUGGUAUACAUUUGUACGUACGUCUUAUAUUGCUCGUACACUCACAAUGCCGUGCCAAAUGGGAAGUUCUUUUCACCUGUGUCUGCUGAAGCAUAGACUGACAAACCCAUUGUCUGAACUAAAGCCUGGAAUUGAUCUACUUGGUCCAGUCGGCGAACUGUUUUUUGAUAUGUUUGACAGAAAUGAACCAUUUAAUGAACCUUCUCUUUAUAAUUGUUGUCUCAUCGGCAAGUUUUGCUUUAUAUGAUAAUACAAUGUCGGUCUCAUAUUGUAGAUGUUCAUGCCCUUUCUUUUUUCACCUUGCAGAGCGAUGAUGCUACUACUCACUUUGAGACAGCUGUGACAUGUGUUCUUAACACUUCUGGCAAAAAUGUUGACAUUUCUGCAGCUUUAUAUAUACAUGAGUGAGCCUAAUUUUUCUGUUCAAAUACUUCAUGUUUUCCCUCGGUUAAAUUGAUAAGCUUCUUUCUCUUUUCUUUUGGACAUGGGAAUUGAUGUUAGUAUUUUGUAUCAUUAUGUUAACCUUGGUAGACUGAUGGUUAGCGUCCGGCAACCGCAGAGAUUUAUUGAUUUUUUAGUCCCUUAUGUAUAAAUCUUAUAUUUUUUCUAUUCGUCACGAGUGAAUAGUUAUUGUUAAUCUGAGUUCACAUUUUCAUAUGUGUUCAGUUUUCUUUGACCACCAAUCUUUCUCACUAUACUCUCUUAUACUCAAUGUCAUGUUAUAAUCAAUGACAUUCAUUCAACUAUCUUUUGCAUAAUACUUUUUUAUUGCAUCUGUUUUGACUGAGCAAAUAUUAUGUAGUUCUUAUAUCCUCCUGUUAGUACAAGUGUAAUGUUUGACAAGCAGUUCUGACAUGAACUAACUGUUUUUCUUUGUCUUCACAAUACUUUCAGGUGGAAUACACAAAAGGACAAGCUGCAAGAAUACAUUCAGGAAGACGAUGAAACCCUCCCACUCAAGAACGCAGAUCGCGCCGUUAGCUGUGACACCUGAUUCAUGCUUGGUACCGACAAGAGGGCAUCAUUAUGACGAAUUGGUCGUGGUUUCGCCAUCACGCCAACAUCCGCGAGGGUGACGUCUGUGCUUUCUAUUUUAAGCAUCUUAGGCUUUGAUCCGACAAACUAUGCCUCUCUUUUGGACAAUUGGCCAUCUUUUGGAGCAUCUUAGGCUUUGAUUUCAAUUGAUGGCUAUGCUCUGGCAUCCACUCUGUAAGAUCACAAUCUACCUGUUAAUAUAUAUCUCCUGCCUUGGUCUGCUUGCAAUCCUA